AUGCCCAGCUAUGUGAAGUUUACGAAGGAGAUUUUGUCUAACAAGAGAAAGAUGGGUGAUUAUGAAACAAUGGGUGAUUAUGAAACAGUAGCAUUAACAGAAGAGUGUAGUGCUAUUUUGCAAAGGAAACUUCAUCAAAAGUUAAGAGAUCCUAUAUUUCGUAGACUUGGUUUGGGUGAAGCUAAGCCAACCACAGUAACAUUGCAGUUGGCUGAGAGAUCUGUGAAGCAUCCACGUGGUAUUAUAGAAGAUGUAUUGGUGAAGGGGGAUAUGUUUAUAUUUCCAGCUGAUUUUAUAGUUCGUGAUAUGGAGGAGGAUGAGAAUGUUCCUAUUAUUUUAGGGAGGCCAUUCUUAGCGACUGGUAGGGAUUUAAUUGAUGUACAAAAGGGUUAG